AUGGAUUUUAGCCAGUCCGAAUUAGAAGCAAAAUUACAAGAAUUAGCAACUGAUAAUCCAGUAAUUUAUUAUUAUGAUGGCAUUAUAAAAAUGAUUACCGCUUUUGCAAAGAAUAAAUUGAAUAAGCAAAGAGAACAAACAAAAAAACUCCAAGAAGAUGUUGAUAAAAAAAACAACAGUACUAGAGAAAUGAUCGAAAAGUUAAAGCAGGAGAAAGAGGAGAGGCAAAGAAAAUGGGAUGAAGAGGAUGAAAAAACAAAAAAGGAACGCGAGGAAGAGUUAAAGAAAAUUAGAGAAAGAAUGAAUAAGCAAAACAACGAUCCAAACUCUUGA